GGUUCAAACACUUAUAGAAUGUCCGCCAUCGACAGAGAGAAAUCUACGGUGUCACAGACUCCGCCCAGCCGCGCUGUGACCAGCGCCAGCAGCGCCCUACAGCGGACCCGACAGAGGGCGGAGAUUGAUAGAGAGACCGAGGAGGAACUGUUGUUCCUGACCGACAUUUCUCGACCUGUUACUCACCAGGACCCAGUUAGGGAGGACCCCGAGAAAUUCAGGCUGGAACUUACUCCUACCCGCGCUCUGGAACCGCACGAAGUGAGGCAGGAGAUUUACAGACGGGAAUGUAAGAAGCUGCAUGUCAUCCCCAUUAGUAGUUACCUUAGGAACCCAAUCACCAACGCCUUAGUCGUCCCCCACUGUGGGCUGGGUCCUAUGGGCGCCCUGGCCCUGGCAGCCCCACUUAUGGAAACAAUUGAUGUAUUAUGAUUUUAGUUGGAUCACAACAUAGUCUUCCUGGACAUUGCUGAGAACAAUAUAGGUCCGUUCGGUUUAGAACACAUGGUGGAAGCAUUUUUGGAAACGAUGUGCAUCACGCACUUGAAUUUGUCGGACAAUGAUCUAGGCAGCAAAGGAGCUAAAAUUUUGUGUGGCGCCAUAAGUAAACAGUCCAUGUUCGAAUUUUUAGAACUGUCAAGUAAUGGAUUCAAAGACGAGGAUUCGGUUCUAUUUGCUGACGCAAUCGAGAAAUCCAAGAGCUUACGAGAAGUCAUUCUUUCUCACAAUCAUUUCGCAGAAAAGGCUGGCUUUGAAUUUGGAAGAGCUAUUGCUAACAAUGACAGGCUUGAAUCAUUUGACAUCAGCUGGAACCAUAUCAACGGAAGAUCUGCAGAAGCUUUCGCGAAAGGUGUCAAGAAAAAUGUUGGCAUGAAGCGACUUGAUAUAAGUUUCAACGGGUUCGGACGAGAUGGCUGCAAAAGUUUGUCGGUUGCACUAAAAAAGAAUCGGACAUUGCAGGAACUGGAUAUUUCCCACAACAGGAUGGUGGACGAGGACAUAGAAGUCCUCGCACAAAGCCUGAUGGAAAACGAAACCCUCAAAACUCUAGUGGUCGGAGAUAACUUGUUGACACACAAGUCAUCUCUUAACAUUCUUAAAAGCAUCGAAGAUCCAAAAUCAGCUACUGUAUUGGAAAAAGUGGACCUGAAGAACAUUUGUGUGGAUCAGGAAUUUGUUCAUCUGUUAGCGGAAGUGAAAGAAAUCAAAUCGAUCGAAAUAAAACAUGGAAGAAUCAUGCAAGUGGGAAAACCGAGAAGACGACGAAGGCGAAGAAAACCGAAGCCAAAGCCCGAGGCUGAGAACACAAACCCCUCCACCAAGCAACAGCCACUGCAUACGACUGGACAAGAUAUAUCAUCGAAAGAAGCAAUGAACACAGAAAGUAUGAGCAUCAGUAUGACGAAUGUUAACGAUGAUGGUAAAGUAAUGGACAACAGUGAAAUGGAACAGGUGCUUCUUCUAGCGCCACCUCCCGGUGGUAUCGUUAGGGAGUCUCUGAUACUGGGACAGGAAGUAUUCAGCAAAGAAAUCGGCCAUGAUUCAGUAUGAUCAGUUCUUAAUAUCAGUUUUGAAAUCGAGGCAGGCUACUCACAAAGUUGAUGGUGCAGGGGUAUCAACACUCUCGUUUAAAGUCAGCAUUUUCGCAAAUUAUAUGGUCGUUAUAACAAUUUAAUCUAGUUUGCCAAUACAACCAAUCAUUGGGUCAGAUGCUGUCUGACUUGUUUCAGACCGAUUGUUAGGCCGUUCUUGGUACAGUUUUGACUACGGAUAACUCCGUUUACCUAAUCAAGAUAUAGGGCUCAUGGCGGGUGUGACCGGCUGUCGACAGGGGAUGCUUACUCCUCCUAGGCACUAAUCUCGGUUGAGAUUCGGCUCUCUAUCACUAUUAAUGUUGUAUUACUCACCGUUUAGAUAUAAAAAUCCCAAAAUGAAAACAGGCACUACAUUUUCCGUUCAAAUGAAGAUUUUUAUGGCACAAUAUUUUAUCUCCUGGAAUUGAAGAGUUCCUAUAGUCUGCUUUAUCUAGUUACUGAUACAUUGUAUCUCUACAUACACUCUGUACCUACUUGCACAGGGGCUAAGCCCGUUUUGGGCCCGAACUCUGUGAUACCAUAAAUAUAGAAAGGGGUCUAACUCUGACACAGAUAAAAAACUAACCACUCGCUUCAAAUGCCUAAAAAAAAUCUUAAACUAGGUAAGCUAUGCGUAAUUUGUCGUUUUCCUUGCAUAAAUUAAUGUUUUAACUACUUGCAUGCCAAAUUUCAAGUCACUGGUUCUUAAAAUAACAAAGAUAUACGUCAUCGUUCUCUCGAUUUCACUUGUAUAUUUUUACUAGGACAUUUACCAGUCCAGGUCACGGAGUUGUUUCUCGCCAAUGACAGCAGCGAAAUUCAGACUAGUAUGGAAGAUUUCGGACCUGUCAAUUAAAAUUUCAAAUCAAUUAUACGCUACUUUCUUCCUCAUAUUUUAAUAAUGUUCUUCGUGUAGACGUUACACGACUUAUUUUUCCUCAUCAGCAUCAGCUGUUGACAAGAGCUGCCGUUUUAAUGAACGCACUAAAUACCCGAUAGACUUAAAAUCUCAAAUACCUUAAAACUUAUCAAAACAUUAUUCUUGUGAUAUUGCACUUAGAGAAGGAAAUUGAACAUUAUUCCUUGGCUUUUUUAAUUUUUUGUUUUUGUUUAUUCUAUUUCAUUUAGAUUAUUAUUACCCAUUUCCCCCUUCUCUAAAGUUUUAGACAUUUCGGGUAUUUAGUGUAUUCAUUAAAAUGGCAGUUCUUGUCAACAGUUGACGCUGCUGAGGAAAAAUAAGUCGUGUAACGUCUACACGAAGAACAUUAUUAAAAUAUGAGGAAGUAAGUAGCGUAUAAUUGAUGUGAAAUUUUAAUUGACAGGUCCGAAAUCUUAUGGUUAG